GGCUCCUCCCUCCCACCAGUCGCGUCCGUCCCUUUCGGCCCCCCGCGGAAGCUCGGCGCCAAACUCAAAGCGCAAGAUGGCGGCGGAGUGCCUGUUCAGUCGGUUGGUGCCGGUGCAGAUGAAGUGCCAGGGCUGCGAAGAGAGGCGGAUAAAUGUCCGUGUGAAUAUUGAACUGCAAUCAACAACAAGCCCCAUUCAUAGAAAGGAUUUAAUUGUUCGGCUAACUGAGGACGCAGAUCCCUUCUUCCUAUAUAAUCUUGUUAUUUCUGAGGAAGAUUUUCAAAGUUUAAAACUCCAACAGAGUCUUCUAGUAGAUUUUGCUGCUUUUCCUCAGCGAUUUAUAGAUCUUCUCCAACAUUGUAUCCAAGAACAAAAUAAAGAUAUCCCCAGGUUUCUGCUACAGCUGAUUUCAUCAGGAUCUAAUUUAGAUCACACCCCAUCUUUCUUAAAUGUGAUUGAGACAAACCCUUUUAAGCACCUUACCCACUUGUCACUAAAAUUUUUACCAGGAAAUGAUGCAGAAAUCAAGAAGUUUUUGGGAGCCUGUUUGAAAUGUGUUAAGGAAGAAAAGUUGCUACUGGAAGAAAAACUUAGCAAAACAGAAGAAAAUCUUACAAGACAGCUGAGCUAUACCCAGCAGAGCUUGUCAGAAAAGAGCAAGGAAUUGGACCGGUUAAGAAGUGAGUGGACAUCUAAAACAGCAUCAUUAACCAAUAAGCAUAAUCAGGAACUGACGAAUGAGAAAGAAAAAGCCUUGCAGACACAAGCACAAUAUCAACAGCAGUAUGAGCAACAGAAAAAGGAUCUGGAAAGCUUACACCAGAAGACUGUCCAACAGCUGCAGAACAGGUUGAAGGACCUGGAAAUAGCCAAUAAAGACCUACUGGAAAGGAGAUACAAGGGCGAUUCUACAGUCAGAGAGCUUAAAUCGAAAUUGUCUGGCAUAGAAGAUGAGUGCCAGAGAGCAAAGCAGGAAGUUCAGUCACUACGUCGAGAGAAUUCUACCCUAGAUGCUGAAUGUCAUGAAAAAGAUAAAGAAGUUAAUCAACUGCAAAUGCGAGUUGCUGUUUUAGAACAGGAGAUCAAGGACAAGGACCAGCUAAUUAAUACAACAAAAGAAGUAUUGGAUAGGACACAGGAACAAAAGGCAAACCUGGAAGAAAAUGUGGACCAGAAACAAAAUCAGAUAGGAAAACUGGAAGCAACACUGAAGUCACUAUCAGCUGAACUCCUUAAGGCCAAUGAAAUAAUAAAGAAAUUGCAAGGAGAUGUAAAAACCUUAAUGAGUAAGUUGAAACUGAAAAAUACAGUAACAAUUCAGCAAGAAAAGCUCCUGGCUGAAAAGGAAGAAAAGCUACAGAAAGAGCAAAAGGAAUUACAUAUGGCUGAAAACUCUCUUCGAGAAAAAGAACAGGAGGUGUCCAAAUUGCAGGAACAAUUAGAAACUACAGUUCAAAAACUAGAAGAAAGCAAGCAUCUUCUCAAAACAAAUGAAAAUGUCAUCACAUGGCUGAACAAGCAACUGAAUGAAAUUCAGAUGACAAAGAAGCAGGAAGCAUUAGGAAUGUCUACUUCUCCUAGCAAUGUCAUUUCAAGAACUGGCAGCUCACCUCACAGUAUGGUUGAUAGCAGAUUCCCGUUUUUGAGCUCAGGAUUGAACUAUCCUAUCUCCCCCUUGCUAGCUUUUCAAGGUUUUCCAGAUGCAACAGGUGCUAAAAGCACUAACCAGCAGGCUUCAGGAGCAAAGCAGGUUCAGUUCAAUAUGCAGCUUCCAGAGACUAACAGAUGUGCAGAAACACAGCCAGCAAUUCCUUCAUUGAUGUGUCAUUUGACGAAUCAAGAAAAUAGUGAAAACUUGGGAUUGGAAGCAAAGUAUCUGAAGAAAAGGGAAGACAGCAUUCCUUUACGAGGACUCAGCCAGAACACAUCUCAUAACACAGCAGGGCAUGUAAAGUCAACUACGCUGAAAAAAUCACAAAUACCAUCUAAGCCUGUAGCACCUUCCAGAACUUCUGCUUACUUUCCUGGAUAGCAGAUAACAUAUUUGUUAGGUACAUUGUUAUCAUUUUAACUGCAUUGACUAAUAAGUGUCAACAUUCAAUUUUUUGGUAAACCAAUAAAAUACUUGUAAGAAUUGUGGACAAUCAAAAAUGGAAAGGUUGCAAUUGUCUGGUCUGUUUUAAACAGUCAGAUUUUUAUACAUGUAUAUUUCCUAACACUGACUUUAGACCAAAAUUGGGUAAUUGAAUAAUAAUAAUUUAUCUGUGCCCCAAAACCUCCCUCUGGGUUAUGGACCUUAGAGCUGAAGGAAAGCAUCUUGGGAAGCUUUUUUCUUCUAAACCUGUUGAAGUCCCACUGCAUUUAAGUCUUAAAAACAUCAGUCACAAACUGAGUUAUCAGCUCUUUGAAUAUUACCAUUAAUUACAAGUAUAUCAAGCAUGAGUAACAAUUUUUGAAGGCUGUUCUUAACUGUAGUUUUAGAGGUUGUAUAAUGGCACAAUUGCAUGACUUCAUUGGAGAUUUGAACAUUGGAAGCCUGUGGUUUGUCUACAUGGCUACAGCAUUUAAAGAAUCAUUAACAAAAAAGUGUGAUUUUUCAUUUUAAUGAGUAUGUAUACUUCAAAUGAAUUUGCAAGAGUAGCUUAAGGAGGCUUUUUUACAGUGCCAAAACUGAACCCCUUACAGGAAUGUGUAACCCUCCAGAUGUUGUGGAUAUGUAGUUACUAUAACUUCCAGCCAGCAUUGCUAAUGUUUGAGAGAUGAGUGGAAGUUUCCAUCAGCACUCCCAACAGUAUUUAGUGGGCUGCAAAUCCUCCCAGGCUUGCUUUAUUUGCUCUUUUCUUAAUCUUUUUGGACCAAUUCCUUGUCUGAAUAUAUUUACGUUCAUAGCACAAAGAUGUUUUAGCACUUAUUUUUUAAAAAUGUAUAUGGCAAAUCAAAUCUUGAUUCUUUCCCCAGAAGUCAUCUGUAGUAUAAGAUGCUAGCUUAGAGUCCAGUAUUGAACGUAUGUCUUGUUUUAACUGUAGAACAUCUUAAAAUUUGUAGUGUUCAGAACUCACAACAAUACGUUAUGUAAAACUGUUGUGUAAUGCAGAAAAAAGUCCGUAGUGUUUUGGCCCCUUUAUAUGCUGCAGUUUUGAUCCUUCUUGAGGAAGCUAUUUUCUUUCGUUUCUGCUCCUGAUCACUGAGUGACUCUUGGGAAUAGCCCAGCAGGUGUGCUGGAGGCUGAAAGGGGUGAGAAAAAUUAUGAUCCUGCCCCCACUUCAGGAAAUCUCUGCUUGGAUUGUGUUUCCUAUUGUUAACACAAGGAGCUCUGUCAUUUAUGUAGAGUCUGAAUGCAACUAUUGAAACCUAAAGGAAAAUCAGCAAGAAUGUGGGAUAUGCUCCAGUGAAUUUAAAGUACUUUGAAUCUCCAUUGAAAGCUAUGAAAUUCAGCACAUUUUAAUUCUGCAUGAAAUCAAAGGGGCUUCCAAGCCCCUGAUGGUAACUGGAAAAUGCCCAGUGCUAUUGUCAUGGAAGUUCUAACUUGCAUAAUUAGAUCUGAUUUCACUUUUACUUCUUCAGAUACUUUCCCAAACAGAACUACUGUGCCUUUCAUCUAUUAUAAAUGCUACUAUGGGGUUUAAAAACUGAAAUGAAUUAGCUUUUUGAGUUCAAAUCAAACUAUUUUAUACACAGAUACAGGCAAUUCUUAUAGUUGUGCUGUAUACUCAUUUUGAGUAAUUGUUUUAGUGGCACACAGGUGACAAGUUAUGCUGUAUAAUACUACAAGUGUGUAAAUAGAGCUGAAAUAAUUUGAAUGUGUACAGUUGAACCAAUUUUUGCAGUGUAAAAUUUGUAUAUUUGUCAAUAAUCAGAAUGCAGUGUUUGUUUAUAUCCUCUUUUCAGAAAUCUUCAAAUAAAAGGAAUUCUAAUUCUCAUCAAUAGUAUGUAGAUUGAGAUGUUUGAAAUGACUGAUGGAUUAGCACAGAUGGAUUAGGACAGAUUUAUAGCCAUGUGCUUUGGUAGACCUCAACAAUACUUGUUAUUCCCAGUACUAUGGUAUAGAGUGCACAUAGUUGGUACUGAUGGUAGACAGGAAAAUGAGAUGGAAAUUAAAUACAGAAAAUAUUGAUAUGACAAUUACAUUAAUCUUGUUUGCUCACAAAAGUGUUCUGGUAGCACAAGCAUCCUUUCAUAAAAUAUGCAAAUUAAUACAUUAUGUGCUAAGCAAUUUAUCAUAUUACAUGCAUUAAUCUGCUACUGCUAAUUUAGGCUAGCAGCAGCAUGAAUUGAUACUCUUAAUGUGCUGCUAUCAGUACUUUCUUCACUGAACUGUGAAGCAGAGGACUGAAUACCUACCUGCUUAGGAGGGGACAAGGCAGCUUCAGUGCUUACCCAGUGGUGUGUGAAGUUAACUGCGUGAAACUGAUCUUAAAAGCCUUUUGUAUUUUGAAUAAACUGCUGACAAUUUUAAUUAAAUAUCACACCCAUCAUCUAACUACAUAAAUAUUGGAGAAUGGCAUCAAAUAUACAGUAUCUCCACCUCCAAGAUGAAAAUGUUAAAAAAGACUGCACCAGACACUUUUCACUUUCUGUUAUUAAAGAAUGGGCACCUCUGCUAAAUUGUUACACACAGAAACCCUUUCAGGACCAUCCCAUUCCUAUCAAACAGACAAGUGACUAUAGUUUUUCUGCAGGAAUUUAAGUCACACAACUGAUCCUCUCUAUGAUCAACUCAAAACCAUUUAAGUUCUGGUCCGAUAGAGGUUUUGCAAAAGCCAAACUUAAAAAGAACCCUAAACAAAAUAUUAAGGAUUUCUUUUAGUUGUUCCCAACAGACUCUGCCAAAGGUAAGCAAUGAAAGACAGCACAAAUACCUAUAA